AUUUGUUUUUUUUUUAUAGAUGCGGCUAAUAUUGAAAUAAAAGAGCGCAAAAGGCAGUGUGGACAGUAUGUUUUCUGCCGAUCUAAUAUACCACUACAAUUUAGAGGGGCGCUAAGAGAAGGAAUCCCUACUAAAGCUAAAGCGCGUUAGGGUUAGUUUUUGAAAUAUUUCCUGACAAGGUCAAAAACACUAUCUGUGGGGAGCUUUGGAGAUUUGUGACCUUAAGCCACAAUCGUUUUUAACAAAAAAACAUAAACUUAAGGCUAAAUUAAUAUAAGUUUUCUUAUUAUUUAUUACAUAUACAUAUAUGUAAGCGAUGGCAACUCUGUUGCCCAUCAAGUGUCAAAUAAAAUAAAGCAAGUGGCAGCAACCAAAGACACAGUCAACGAGCAACCGUCAGCGAGUGAGCAACAUAAACGAAAUAUUUGAGAACAUCCAGUAAAGUUGAAUAAGUGUAACAUUUUUCUUAUAUUCACAAUAAAGUUGGGUAUUAUUAUAUAUAAGUGUUUGACUGUGCACACGAGUACGGUGUUUCUCUACAGUUCAGAAGUGGGAUGAUAAACCCAUACACGUCUACAAACAUAGUAAGUAUAUGUAUGUGCGUUGGUGAAGGGCUAUAGGCACCGGCAGAUAUGUAUACACGAUACGUAAAAACGAUACGAUGGUGAAGAUCAGUGAUCUGAAGGUGGAACAACUGAAGAGGUUGCUACGGGAAAGGCAAUUAGCGACGACUGGCACGCGAGACCAGUUGUUGCAACGUCUUAGCGCAUAUGAGGAGUCCGACGAGGUGGACAUCCAAGAGAUCAACAUUACGGAGGAGUCAUCCGAGAUGUCAACGGUGGCACAACUGCAGCAGGAGAUGAAGCAGUUACGCGAGAUGAUGGCGCAGCUGCUACAAGCGCAAAACAACGGGACUGGUCAGUUAGCAUGAAAGAGGUACAAACGGUACAAAACGCAAAUAGCAACGAUAGCGCAGUCGCAGUCAACGGCGGCGCAGGCGUUCAGAGUCACGCCACUGACGCUAUUUCAACGAACGACGACAGCACGGUGGCAACUAACAACAACGUUACAACACGCAUUCAAAGCAACGGUGAUAUUUCUGCGAACGGGAAUAUUUCAACGAACGGGAAUAUGCGACACGCGUCAGUUAGAGAAAUUGCAAAUACCCUGCCGGAAUUUGAUCCAACGAAUAACGCAAGCAUUACGGUAGAGCAAUUUAUUGAUAGAGUCGAUCGAGUAGAGGAAGCAUAUAGAUGGGACGAGAAAUUUUUAUUGUUAGCUAUUUACACACGUUUAAAAGGACUUGCACGUAUGUGGUUGGAUGCAUCACCCACAUUACACACAACUUGGGAAAAUUUUGCUGAUGCGUUACGACACGAAUUUGGUUCAGAUCGAGACGAGGCAGAAAUUCAUUUUGUGAUGGCCAAUGCAACGAGGAAGCCAAAAGAAAUCGUAAAAGAAUAUUGUUUUCGAGUGGCGGCACUAGGUAUACGUUACAAACUGAGUGAGGCAGCCAUUAUACGUUAUGCAAGAGCUGGGUUAAAACAUAGAGAACUCCAACAAAGCAUUGCAGCAAUGAAGUUUACAACAAUGAAGCAGAUGAGAGACGCCAUCGAGGACUAUUUCAUUAAUCGCGGAGGGCUAAGUGAGCCACAAGUACAUCAGCCAAGUAAGCGAGACAACAAUAACGAAAAAUAUGCUGAGUCAACGAAACAAAAUGGUGAAUUUAAAGCACAAUUGAAAUGCUACAAUUGCAACGUACCUGGACAUUUCGCCAACAAAUGUCCAUUGCCGCAGAAACGACAUCGCUGUACAACGUGUAACAAAGUUCAUCCAAACGGAGGAAAUUGUGAGAAGACGACAGUAACGUUACGACGACUUGGUGCAAUCAACCUUGACGAAUGUUUCAAGAAGUUAGUUUACAUAAAAGCGCAACCGUAUAUCGCAUUCAUCGACACGGGCAGCCAAUGCAGCACAUUCGUAGGUCAGUAGCCAAGCGCAUCGACGAUAAAGCCGUAAAAUGCUGCUUACAAGUAAAAGGCAUUUGCGGAGGGGUGCGUACGUUCACGGAGGCUAUUACCAUAGACAUCACCAUCGACGGAAUCAACAUCGAGACGCAAGCCUACAUCGCUGAUGACGAGUUACUAGAACAAGACGUUUUAAUAGGUCAAGAUGUUAUCAUCAAUGCAAACACUACGCUGAAAAUUGAAAAUGGUCGCACAAUAUUCGGAA